AUAUAGCUAGCCUACCUGUGUAAACAGUAUCAUAUUUUCUGAUAAGGUAGUUUAAAAUGGAGUCUACUGUUGUGAAUUUUACCAGAGCAAUAAAGCAAAAGGGAAUAUUAUCUAUAAUUGGAAUAUUGUUGUUCGCUUUAAAUGGAGCAUGUGAUGGAUAUGACAUGGAAAACUACUGUGGCAAAGAGUUUAGUUUCAUCUUGAAGGACGAAUACCAGAUAAAGCUCGAACUAAAUGACAUGUACAUUUAUGAUAACACUGACGACUACACAUACCCGAGAAGAGGAUACUGUGAGACCAAGUUCGAAGCCUGGUAUUCAACCUAUUCCAAUCUCAUGUUCUAUUUUGAAGAUCUAGACCUCGAUUGCGAUAAAGGCCAUCUCGAGUUUUACACUGAUGAUAGUGGUUAUAUACGUGUGCCGGGCUUGGAGAGAGACAUUUGUGGGUACGACAAACCACAGGGUGUAUUUACUGUGGACAAACGGUAUAUCCGAAUAAAAUACGUCCCUAAAAGUAGCCAGUACAUUAGUGAUAUAUUUUCCAUUAUAAUUACAAUAUAUGGGGAUGGUUAUUGUCCAAGCUAUGCACACGAAUGUGCCAACUCUCGAUGUAUAGAUGAAGACCUUGCAUGUAAUGGCUAUGACUCGUGCGGGGAUGGUUCUGGUUGUGACCUUAGCACGGGUACAAUCGUCGGUAUAGUGAUAGGAAGUCUUACUGGGUUUGCUUUAAUUGUCAGUGUAAUCGUCUGCUGUAUCUGUUGCAAGAGGCGUAGUGGACAAACUCCCGGAAUGGUGCAGAACACAGCCAAUCCAGCGGUCACAUAUUCAACUCCAAACCAACAUACAUAUAGCCAACCAAUGUACGGGGUAAACCAAGGAUCACCGUACAACCCCAGCCAAUCUCCAUACCCUCUUGCCACUGCACCAAACCUUCAGCCUACGGCUCCAAACCUACCGGAUUACAGCCAUCCGAUGAAUGAUGUUAGUCAGGGGACACACUAUCCUACAAACCAGGCAUACUAUCCAUCCGUAUCACAAACUUCGGAGACUAAUCAACAACCAGUUGACGGGAAGCAAUAUAGUGUUCCCCCACCGCGGUAUAGUGAAAUUGUUAACUCUGAACAAGGCAUAAAUUAACACAUGAAUUAAUGUACAAACAGCUUGUACGCAAGUUUUGUGUAAUGUUAUUGAAGAAAAUAUUUUAUUAAACUCAAAAGUCUUGCUUUGACACUGAAGCAAACAGUUCUAUAAAAUAUUUUUAUUAAAAUUAUCCAAGCGGGUAAGGUUGAUACAGUUAACAUCAUAUUUCUACCUGUGAUGCUUUGUUCAUACUAAUACAUUUGUAUUACUGAAGGUAUACAUGCGAGAAAGGUUGAUACAGUUAACAUUAUAUUUCUAUCUGUGAUGCUUUAUUCAUACUAAUAUUACUGAAGGUAUACAUGCGAGAAAGGUUGAUACAGUUAACAUUAUAUUUCUACCGGUGAUGUUUUAUUCAUACUAAUAUUACUGAAGAUAUACAUGCGAGAAUGGUUGAUACAGUUAACAUUAUAUUUUUACCUGUUACGACUAAAAUUAGGACUAUUCCUAGGGGUGCUUCAGGGCUCCACCAACUUAAAACGGCGAAGUUGGCAGAAAUCAGCAACCAUAAUUUAUAUUUCACUGUUAUAUUUCAAUAAUUCCCUAGAAAACAUGUAAUAUUGAUUUAGGUCAUCCUCACUUGGAUGAUUAAAAUCAAUAUUUUCAUAAACGUCGUUUAAGUGGCAUGAAGGCAGUUUCUACCUUAAGAGUCACUGAAACGAAUUUGCAGACGUAUUAGCUUAAGCUUUAGGAUAACACCGUUCAAGACCGAUAUGAGAACUUUUCUUGUUAUUCACAUUUUAUAGGGCGCAUUGAUCCUUUCAGGAGAGUUACUCCUGAUGUAUGAUAUCUAAAGUUUUCAGUACAAUGUCAUGAUGGUGAAUUUGUAAUAUUUUCAUUUGGUUCAUCUUUGUCAUUACCAUGAUAAUUUUACUACUCAUCUACUUCACUGUGUUUGAUCAAUGUAUAGUUGUUUAAACGUUUUAUUCAAACAAUAUUGCUCCUUGCAGGACUGGAGCGGUCUUCUGCACAUGUUCAGAAAUGAUUAUCAUUUGGAGAGCACGACAAAAAUACGCAAAUUAUUGCAUGUCCACACGCAUUUAGUGUAAAACUAUAAUACGAGGGGCGUUCAAUAUGUAAUGUUACUCCGUAUGUAGUUCCGUAACCGCUGGUUAUUUUUAGAUGCGGUUUUCGGCACAUUAUAGAGCUAUUUAUUGGAAACACAAUGCUAUAUAAAUUAUAAAAAUCGGCAGGUUCAAAGUAAAAAUAUAAUCAUUUGAGUGAGGUGUACUCGGGUAUACUGGACCAUAAUUAUAAUUUAGGUUUGUCCUGGGGAUCCAAAGUCUCAGAAAAAAGAAUAACUUGUAAAAUCACAAAAUUCUAUCAUUUUUCUACGAGGUACUGCAAUUUGUGACGAGUCUGCGUUUGUUUUAAACUAUUUAUUGCAUUUUUAAUUUUACAACACAACUAGAAAUUCUAAACUCGAAUUUUAUUCCAUCUGGAAUGGGUGUUGAGAGCGAUUAAUCAAAGUUGUAAGAACUAGUUCCGCAAUCGAGAAUUAAGAUACUAGUAUCAACUUAAGAUACCAGAAUUUUUUAAAUGAUAAUUAUCACCCCUGACAAAUUUGCAGAGGGUUAUUGUACACAACUUACUAUUUUUCGAGUAAAAAUAUACACACUCAAUUUAAUAGUGUUAUAAACUUUUUUAUUUUAGUUUUCAAAUGCUUUUUGUGAAGAUCAUGAUUUGUUUUAUCUCUUUAAACUGAAAAUUGAACUAUAGUUCUAGUUGUUGAAUAGUAGAAUCAAGGAAUUGCAUAUCACAAUCUCAAUAUUUUGGACAUAAAAUUGUCCAGUAUACCCGAGUACACCUCACUCAAGUGAUUUUAUUUUAAGUUUGAAUCUACCGAUUUUUAUAAUCUAUACAGCAUUGUAUUCCCAAAAUUACUCUAUAAUGUACCGAAAACCGCAUCUAAAAAUAACAAGCGGUUAUGGAACUACAUACGGAGUAACAUUACAUAUUGAACGCCCCUCGUAUGUAUGAUAUACUGACUAAAGGUUAGAAUUAUUAUUAUCAAUGUUACAAAAUAUAUACAUUAAAGAUACUUAGCAUUCGAUACACUUGAAUCCGGUAUAUACCGUAAUUUAUCACAGGCGCUCCAGGUUUGCAAGGAGUCGAAGUUAUAUUCAAAAGCGUCAUUGAUUUACAUUAUUGUAGAAUGGUUCAAUAUAUGGCGGAGGCUUGAUCGAUGUCUUGUUGCCUUUUCAAACUUUUGCAAUUACCAUAAUAUAUAAAGGAGUGAAUGGGGCUUGGUCACAGGCUGGGGUAUCAUUAAGACCCACUUCUUAAAUUUGUGUUCUUGCAUGUCGAGAGCCAGAUUCUGAACAAGAAAAACAACAUGUAAAUGUAUAUUGAAUGAUAAACACAACUCAUAGGGUUUCAGAUCAAAUAUCUGUGCAAUUUUUCAUUUUCAUUUGUUUUCAUUGCAAUUAAUAAGGUGUGCGUGCGUGCGUGCGUGCGUGCGUGUGUGUGUGUGUGUGUGAUAUCCAAGCGUUUGAUAGAGUUUGGCAGAAGGAACGAAUUUUUAAAAUACGACAAUAUAUAGAAUCCCUGGAAAUUUGUUAGACUGGUUAGAAAAUUAUUUUAUGAAUAGAACUCAAAAAGUU